AAAGUCUAAUAUGCCUUCAUGGUUAAAAUUGAUACUAGUUUGCAGAUCUCUCCAUGGGUUGCUAUGCCAACAUCCUAUCAAUUAAAUAAUUCCAAAGCAUGGUUACCAGUUAACUUAUUUGACUUCAAUGAUCAACGACAAUUAAUAUUUUAUGCAUCAGAUCCUAGAGGUAUACCUGGAUGGUCUGGACGUAUUUUAUCAAAAAGUGAUGCGAACGUAUGUGAUAUCUUUCCAUCAUGUGAUACAGCAUCCCUUGAUAUAACAUUAUAUCAUCAAGCACGUUGGAAAUUAGGUCUACCAGAAGGUGUUGAAGAAUUCAUUACAAAUGAUACUUUACCGUUUGAAGCAAACACCGAUUUAUCCGGUGGAGUUAGUUUUUCUAAAGGAUGUUAUAUUGGUCAAGAGUUGACAGCACGUACACACUUCACUGGGGUUAUACGUCGAAGAUAUGUACCAGUUAAAAUAAUAGCAAUAGGCAAUGCAGAUUUAUUAAAAUCACCGAAUACAUUAAAAGAUUUGUAUAAUGCUCCAAUAUAUCAAGUGAAUGAAGAUUAUCAAUUAAUCCAGUCGAAAUUAAAACCAGUUGGAUGGAUUCGAGGUGUUAAUCUAUGCAAUAUUAUUAGUACUACUAAUAGUAAUAAUAAAUAUGAUAAUAUAUGCAUGAAUAUUGAUCAAAAUCAAUAUCCAAUUAGUGGGAUAGCAUUGAUACGUUUAACUGAAGCCAGUGAACAACAGCAAUCUUAUAAACUUAUAGUUUCACCACUAUCAUCAUCAUCCAUCAUCGUCGUCGCCGUCGUCAUCAUCUACAGGGAAUACUGA